UGCGCAUGCGCACCGAGGCAUAAUUAUGCUAGGCAGCGUGCAGUGUGCAAAACGUACGUAUGAAACAGGAAAGUGAAUCAUCUAUGGCGUCCAGCUAGUACAGUGUGCAGUGUGCAAAACGUACGUAUGAAAGUGUAUCAUCUAUGGCGUCCAAGCCCAACACAGAGUCUGAGCGUGAUAUAGAAAAUCAAAUGGACGUACUUAUUCAAGGUGCGCAAACAAGCAAUGAAAAGGUAGGUGACUGCACAUACCAGACAGAUGACAAUACUGUUCAAGAGCAAACACUCAAAGAUGUGGGUUCAAAAAGUCAGACCAUCAGGCCGAGAAACAUCAAACACGAACCUACUAAAAAGCCAAAAGAAUAUCCUAAAAAACGAAAAUUGGCAAAAGAAACACUUCCUCCAUCUAUAGAACUUGUCACACAUGAUCAACACAGCAAAUCAAUUGUCGUGAACCCGGAAGCUAAAAAACUUUUACAUGCUAUUAGAAAACCGGUUGCUGUUCUGAGCAUAUGUGGCCCUUAUAGAACCGGAAAGUCGUACUUCUUGUCACAAGUGCUAGGUGGAGAUGAUUUCGAAGUGACCCAUUCCAGGGAUCCAUGCACCAAAGGAAUCUGGAUGUCCACCAAUGUAUUAGAAUUUGAUGACCACGUCCUAAUACUACUCGAUACUGAGGGUACAGAUGCUGCUCAGGCAAGUGAGAGCUCAUCCAGAGAGGAAGUGAUGAGCUACCUCAUUCUCGUCACCCUACUGAGCUCUUGUUUGAUAUACAACACCAAGGGUGGAGCAUUUAAUGAAUCAGAUAUCCAGCAAAUGAGCUGCUUUGCAAAGUUAUCUCAAUCAUUCUUGAUAAGUGAACCUCUCCAACACGAUGACUUGCAUGAGAGCUAUCUUAAGGAUCACUUACCGAAUUUCCUAUGGCUGAUGAGAGAUUCCGAUCUCGAAUGCAAAGAUGACAAUGGUCAAAAAAUGUCAGCUACUGAUUAUGUCCUCCAAAAGAUCUUAGUGACAAAGAGUAAAGGUGAUACGGCACUAAGCAUUAGAGACAGAGCUGUCAGGAGUGUACGAGCAAUUUUCCCCAAAAUCGAAUGCCUGGAUAUUCCAUCACCAGGUCGAGGCAUUUCUAAACCGGGCUUCGACAUUUACCCAGAUUUUUAUACGAGUAUAGACUCAGCUAAGCAACAUGUAGUCAGCAACACACCAGUGAAGCUAGGUUUUAAUAGAUCUACAGUUUUGGAUGGACCAAUGCUGGCUGCUUUACUUGAUGAGUAUGUGCAAGCUCUCAAUAAACCAGGCACUCUUCCAAACCUCGAGGAUAGCUAUCAGAAGGUACUUGAAGUAACACUAACAGAAACAUCACAUGACCUAGCCAAAAAAUACAACAAACAGAUGAGUGAACUUUUAGACGAAAAGCUUCCUCUAGAAGAAGGAGACAUUGAAGCUCUUAAAAAGACACAUUCUGUACGAUUGGAGGAAGGCUUAAAACAUAUCUUAAAGAUGUAUAGUGAUCCAAUCGCAACUGUGAAAAUGACAGACACACUAUUUAAUGUGCACGAAAGAGUUUACACCCCUCUUUUGAGAUGUUUUACAAUUGAACUGCAUAGACUGAUUCCAGAAACAGCGGACACAGAUGAAAUAUUGAAAAAGGACGAGCAAGCAAGAAUUACACCAUUUUUACUGAAAUUUGAGCAAUUAAUAAUUAAAAUAAAUCCUGCUGCAACUAAUGUAAUUGGAGGAUACAUAUCUCGUUUCACACAGACCAAUAUAGAGAAAUCUGAAAGCUGCUGCAAAGAGGUUUUUGAAGAAAUCUAUACGCAGCAAAUACAAAAAGAAGCACCGAAACGAAAAUCGCUUGAGGCAAAGUACUAUGAGCAAGCAGUUGGACCAGCCAAAGACAAAGUUUUUCAAGAUAUGAUUUCACAAAUUCCGGGACCUCCAAAAAAUGUAACUGUGAACUUAGAAACUAAAAUGUUAUCUUGGGAGAAACCGCUAACAAACGCUGAUGCUGUCAAUUACUAUUUUGUUGAAUGGUACAGAGAAGGAAAGGACCCUAAACGAAUCCAGGUUCACACUACUUUUUUUAAAUUUGAAAAGCUUAAAUCUAACACAAACUACUUCAUUAAAGUUCAAGGAUUUAAUGACGAUAAAAAAAGGCUUGGUGAAUAUAGUAUUGUGUGUACUUGCCAGACAGGAGCUGGAAAACCUGAAAAACCAAAGAAGCCUGAAAUAAGUCCACAAACAGAGGAAACAGUUCAACUUAUAGUUACAAUGUUGUCUGAGGCUGAGCAAAACGGGAGUCCAGUCACAGAAAUCAUUAUCAAAAGAAGUAGUAAUAGAAAUUCAACAUGGGAAGCUCACCAUUUUCAAAUAGAAUCUUCUCAAGGAGAAUUUCAGAGACAUGCUCUGACAGUUCACGCAAACUUUAAAAUUAAUGAGGAAAUAUUGUAUUUUCAAGUUCAAUUUAUGAACAAAGUUGGACUAAGUGAACCAAGUGAUUAUGCUGAACUAAAAGUAGCCGAAAUGAUACCAGGGAAACCAGAGAAUAUCAAAGCCAUUACUAUGGCAAGACAAAUUCAAGUGACUUGGGAUAUUCCAAUAAUUAACCCAGGAGCAGUAAACAGCUACCUCAUUCAGUGUUGGGGGGAAAAGGGAUGUGAACAAGAGCUGAUUGCCAGGCGUGAUGACAGAUCUCUGCAAGUAACGUCACUAAGUCCAUAUACAGAGUACAAAAUCCGAGUCUAUGCUACAAAUGAGAAAAACAGUACAGCCAAUGUAUAUGGCACUGUAAAUGUGCAAACACUAGCUGACGUUCCAGACAAACCUCACCCACUGACUAUCAAAGUGACCUCAGCCAGUAAAGCAACCAUAACAUUCUAUCAACAAAAGCCAGACGAAGAAAAUGGGAGCCCAGUUAAAAAUAUAUACAUUGAGCAACAAAUUAAAGAAACUGAACAAGCUACGAAAUGGACUGUAGUGAAAAAUCACUCACUGAUGGAUUCAAAUCAGAGUGAUUUAGCAAAUAUAAAUUUGCCUAUUGAAUUAUUAAUCGAACCUUCUAUUAGCUGCUAUCGUGUUGUAACUGUCAAUUCAAUUGGAAGAAGUGAACCAAGCCAAGCGGUAGAGGUAAACCCUGAAAACAUUUUCCCGGGAUCACCCGAGGAGCUUGAAGCAACUACAAUUCAAAGCAAUUCUAUAACUAUUAAUUGGAAAAAAACAGGAAUUAACCCACUAGCAUCAAAGCAGUACCAGAUACAGCACAAAAAAGUCAAAGGAGGAGCAACAUGUCUUUCCAAAAUAGUAGACACACAUUCAUGCACUGUAUCUGAGCUUCGGCCCAACACUGAGUACACUUUCACUGUAAAAGCUUUAAACGGAACCCUAUUGUCGGAGGAAGCUACACUACUUGUAUGCACACCACCCUCUGUACCACCAAGGCCAACGCCACCAAUUUUGAUACCAAGAGGAAAAGAAUUUAUAUUAAAGGCACAUCUACCCCCAGUUGAAGAGAGUGGAAGAGAAGUUGAACAGCUUCAUGUUAACUAUCACAGCUAUGAUACAACUACAAAACAAACAAUGGAAUUCAAGAUUGAACGUAGAGAAGCAAUAGAGGACAAUACUCACGAGCAGCAAAUACAAGUCAACAUCGAUGAAAUAUGCUGGAUAAGUAUUAGUCUAAGCAAUGAGGUUGGAAAGAGUCAAGAAAGUGACUUAGUUGGUCUCUCUUAUGGUGAUGUCACUCCUGGUCAACCCAAUAAACUGGAAUGCACAACAGAAGCUCGAAGUGUCAAGCUAACAUGGAAUGUACCAAGAGUAAAUGGAAAUGCAGCUAAACACUACGAGCUUUUUAUAAAAGAUACGAAGGAUCAUAACUGGAUGAUACUAGAAAAUGCCUCAUUGCAUCAAGUAAGGCUUAACGAAACUCUUUAUUAUGAAGCGACAGUAAAUGAUCUUAGUCCAUUCACAACUUAUCAGUUUGGAGUACAAGCUGUGAAUAACACAACCAGAAACAUUUGUGUAGGAGAUCGAAGUUUAAUAGAGACUACCACAAACAUAGCUCCUCCUGACAAACCCCUUAAACCACUAACAGUUGAGCCUAUUAUGGGAGAACCAUUACAUGCCAAGCUACAGCUCAAGAUGCUAACAAAACAACUAAUGAACGGAAGUCCCGUAGACAGUGUAAUUAUUGAAUGUGAGUACAACGAGGAAACAAUAUGUUCAGAAGUGUUAUUAACAGCCGAGCAACAGAUUGAAAACACAAAUACACUGCUAACGAUUGGACUACCUAAUAUACACGACUCACAAAACAAGCUGUGUUCAUUCCUGAUCAGAAUGAAAAAUGAAGCUGGGGAGAGCCCUCCAAGUGAUGCGUUCUUAUUUCCAGUUUCAGACCUACAGCCAGGACCACCAAAAAACAUAAAGAUCUCAGAUGUCACAGCUCACACGUUAAGAGUUCUAUGGGAAGUGCCCAAUAUCCAUCCGGCACUAGUUACACUCUAUGAAGUUCAGUACAGUGCGGUUCAAACUCAUCGAAACAGAGAAGCAAAAUCUUUUCAUGUCAAAAGAGACGCAAAUGAAUUUACAAUCUCUAAUCUUUGUUCAAACCAAAAGUACAGUAUCAAAGUUAUUGCCAUGGCUACAAAACACAGCAAGCCAAUACACACAAAUGCCACUACACUCAAGAUUCAUCCUGGUGCCCCAACUUCUCUUGUUGUCGACAAAUUAAGUAGUGAUAGCAUCAAGGUUCGAUGGAGAAAGCCAAAGGAAAAUUCUGAAGAGGUAUAUUUCUAUACAGUCAAGCUAAGACAAGGCAAUUACAUAAAAGCAACUGAAAAACAAGUUCACGAAGAGAAUAUUCCCAAGGUGAAACAAAUGCGACGUACCCUGGGACACUCCACAGUUUUUAAUCAUCUGGAUUCCUUUAAAACCUACACAGUCAGCGUAAGCUCCUACAAUGAUAACAAAGAAACACACGAGAAUGAUGCUACAAUACAUUUAGUUUUUGAAACCAAAAUGAAGACUGGUGCUAGAGUAGCCCUGCAAGUAGCUACGAUACCGACGAUGUUUGUUCCAAAUAUUAUAGGAAACAAACAAAAAUGUGACGAAAAUAUUUAUCCAUCUGAUGAUGAAUUUAAGGAUGACCCAGAUGAUGAUGAAUUUAAGGAUGACCCAGAUAUACAUUUAAGUGCCCCAAACGAUUUAAAAUGGGAAAUGGUUGGAAAAAACAAAGUAAAAAUUUAUUGGAAGCAACCGAUACAUAAUUCAGAAGAAUUGCAUCACUUCGAGGUUCAAGUAUCGGAGCAAGGUGGUGGGAGGAUACUUCAUGACAUUGAAAGCUUUGGAACUAGUGAAACAUUUAAAGUUGCUGACUUAGCAACGAAAUGCUACGAAGUUAGUGUUACUUCUUUCAACUUUUAUGGAGAAAAAGGAGAUGAGGCCACUUUAUUCAUAGGAGGAGAUUCACACACAUGCACAUGAACAAUGCACGGGAAAAAAAAAGAUUUUAGUAAAAGUAUAAAUUAUCGUUGAGUGUCCAUACAAAUAACUUGAGUUGUUUUACUUAUAGUAAUACAUCUAAGCAAUAAUUAAUAUUAAGUACGGUAGCCACUUUUAAUUUGUACCUCUUUAUAUAUAUAUAUAUAUACACAAUUUGUGCUUUCAAAAUUAGACUAUAUAGCUAAUAGCUACAAUGCAUAAUAAUAUUUAGAACAACUAUACUGUAUUUUCUUGAUUAACGCGAGUGCGUUUAUUUUUUCAAUUGUAAACAAAUUAUGAUGUUGAAGUACGUAUACCUAGCUUGAGUAGACAGACGCCUGUACGCACCUUAGUCUAAACUUGCGUGAGAAAUGAUCAACCAGAGCCAACUACUAAGCAGAAUAGCUAAGUUUUGAACUAUCAAGAAAUAGAAAAUGAAGCAUUCCUUUGUAAAUCCACUAAUACCAAUCCAAGAAAAAACAAAACGUGACUAGAAGUCAGUUAAGCAUGGUCCAAUUAACCUUCCGUUAAGAAAGAAGGUAGUUCUAGAGCUAUUGAUUAUGUGUUAA